AUGGCUUCAGCAGCCACCAAUUUCUCUCUUUCUCUCCGCAACAAACAACAAACCCCAAUCCCCAAAUCCUCCUUCUUCUCUUUUCCCAAUAACAACAACCAUUUCCGCUUCAACUCUAACAAUUGCCCUUCACUCUCUGUUUCCACCGCUCGCAACUCAAGGAUGUGCGCCACCUCGUCUAGACUCACGGAUCCCUCCACUACCAAAUCCCAACCCACACUUCCCACCACCGUCCAAGUCGACUUGGGUAAUCGGAGCUAUCCCAUUUACAUCGGAUCCGGGUUACUCAACGAACCCCACUAUCUUCAGAGGCAUGUGCAUGGAAAGAGGGUCCUAGUUGUAACUAACAAAACGGUUGCACCACUUUAUCUAGACAAGGUUGUUGAUGCUUUGACUAGGGGAAACCCCAAUGUUUCAGUGGAGAGUGUAAUUUUACCGGAUGGUGAGCAGUACAAGGACAUGGAUACUCUUAUGAAAGUCUUUGACAAGGCCAUCGAGUCACGAUUCGACCGGCGGUGUACGUUUGUUGCCCUUGGUGGUGGUGUUAUUGGUGAUAUGUGUGGCUUUGCUGCCGCUGCAUUUUUACGUGGUGUUAAUUUUAUUCAGAUUCCUACCACUGUGAUGGCACAGGUCGAUUCUUCAGUUGGUGGCAAAACUGGGAUAAAUCAUCGCCUUGGGAAGAAUCUGAUCGGUGCCUUUUACCAACCUCAGUGUGUGCUUAUAGACACGGACACGUUGAAUACAUUACCAGAUAGGGAACUGGCAUCAGGGCUUGCUGAGGUUAUAAAGUAUGGCCUCAUUAGGGAUGCAGAAUUUUUUGAGUGGCAAGAGAAAAAUAUGCCGGCAUUACUGGCUAGAGAUCCUAGUGCAUUGGCAUAUGCUAUAAAGCGAUCUUGUGAAAACAAGGCAGAGGUUGUGUCCUUAGAUGAGAAGGAAAGUGGACUGAGGGCAACAUUGAACUUGGGUCAUACAUUUGGUCAUGCUAUAGAAACUGGGGUUGGCUAUGGGCAGUGGCUUCAUGGAGAGGCUGUUGCAGCUGGCACGGUAAUGGCUGUUGACAUGUCAUAUCGCCUAGGUUGGAUUGAUGAGUCACUUGUGAAGCGAGUUGGAGACAUUUUAAAACACGCUAAGUUGCCUACAGCCCCUCCAGAAAUAAUGACUGUGGACAUGUUUAAAUCUGUCAUGGCGGUCGAUAAGAAGGUAGCAGAUGGGUUGCUCAGGCUUAUCCUUCUGAAGGGUCCUAUAGGCAAUUGUGUUUUCACAGGGGAUUAUGACAGAAAGGCCCUAGAUGACACGCUUCGUGCAUUCUGUAAAUCGUGA